CUGUCUGGAGCUAUCACAGACGCUACGAUGUUUCCAAACCUGUUUGAUAUCGCCACUGAUCUCGUAAUGUGAGUGAAACAAUGACAAGGUGGAACUAAUCCAGCCAAUCACAGUGCAGAUUUGCAUUUUUACGAAGAAACGAAAAGCCACAAAUCAACUAACUAAUUUAACAAAUGCAUAGAUUGUGUAUAUAAUACCACGUUUCAUUGUACUGUUUAAUCCCCUCCAACUCUUUCUGCAGGACUGACCGUCCUCGUUGUCCACGUCUUCCAAGCCAAAGUAACUGCACAGACCAAUCGAAGAGCCAGUUGAUCGUCCAUGCUUGAAGAAAUGGCCUAUAAUCACUGUAAUUUCUCGCAAGAAUUUAUGUGAGAAACGUAUUUUCGCUGAUGGUUGGGAAUGCCUCUUCACUGAAUGUUUUGUAGUGCGUGCACCUCGUCAGCGUUGUGUUGUGUAGUAUGCGCGCAGCUAUGACAAGAUGACGACAGAUGAGAAGAAAUCUUGUUGCGUGUGAGGAACAGUGAUUGGGCUUGUCUUUCAAUCAUGUAGUGUGAGCUUGCCAAUACGAAGAUAGUUUUGGGGCAAACAACACUAGCAGUGGUGAUAUACUUUGAUUUCUUUUCCAUUUAAUUUUUAUUACUCAUUUUUUUGUGGAGCACCUAAUUUGACAACUUUUUUUUGUGCUUGAAAACCAAGCCAAUAGCAAAAAAACUGCAGAAUAAGAUGGAGAAAAGAAGGGGGUUGGUUGAUUUAUACACAUUUGUUAAUAAACUUUAGGGAGUGUAAAUGAUAACAAUGUUAAUUUUUAGGUGAACUGUCCCUUUAAGUGUAUAAACUGUCUUCUGUUGCAUCAGUUUGACCCAUUUAAGAUGAUCACAGCACCAGUUGCAAAGUGAUAUGGUUCCUUUGAAUCCUUAAACAGGCUUUCUCAUGGAAAUUUUAGGAAUGUCAGUGUAUUGCCGUUAAUGACAUGAACUGUCUAAAUUGUCUAAUUGUCUGUCUAGUGAUUUCUGUGCUGAUAUUCUGUAUGUUUGUGUACGUGACUGUAAGUGAUGUAUAUUUCAGACGCAGGUUGUCUCACGCUAUCGCAACAUUCAAAUCCGCAUUCAAACCAGCUGUGUUUGCAUGACUCUGUGCAAUAUAACCACAGCAAUGAGCACAAUAAAUCACUGAGAUUAAUCACCUCCAUCAGGUGCACUUAAAACCAAGUUAAAUGAGUUAAAGGCCAUAGACUGUUCAAGCAAAGUCUGAGAACUGAAAGGGAGGCUAAAUGCUUUUAAACUGCUAGCUGGCCAGACUGAUUCUUAAGACUACGUCUGAUCAUAUGAUGGCUGUUUGUAAGAAAGACAGAAUGGAUGCUUUUGUUGCUGCUUUUAUCAACAGCUUUUUUCCAGUUUCCAAAGUAAAGCAUCUCUGCACCAAUCCUCCGCAGUUUAUCCGUAGGGUUUAUAAAUGAAAGAUUGUGCACUGAUGUCUAAAACGAGUCGAGUACCAACUCCAUUUCAUUAAAUAAGGAUCGCAGGACUUUGAUGCAAAUGACCAGGAUCAGUGAUCAGUAAGGACAGACUUACAGAUGCUGAUGCGCCUGAUGGAUUCACUACAUUUACAUCUAUUCGUUUAGCAGAUGGUUUAUCCAAAGCAACUUACAAAUGAGGAAAACGCUUUUAGACCAGGACAAUACCAAAGAAGUGUGUUUACAGAACAAUAUAAACAAAUGGAAGUUAGUAGGUUGAGAUAUGAACUGAGAGGAGGUGUGGUUUUCAGGACGAGAAGACAGAUAGAGCUGCAUGUGGAGUAAAUCCAGAAGAGAAGCGGGCUGCGCACCGAACCCUGAGGCACACCACUGGUAAAAAGUAAUUAAGUGAUGCAUGAUGAAGAGGUUUUGCUCUUGGUUCUUCUGGCAGCUCUGACGCAUGUGACAUUCUCACAGACUCGUAUGUUUUACUUUGUGCCGAAGUCGAUGAGCUGGUCAGACGCACAGAUGCACUGCCGACGGAAUUACAUUGAUCUGGCCGCCAUCGAUGACCAGACUGAUCAGGAUGAGAUGAUGAGAGUCAUACGGCAGUUUCAUGAAGGAGACGUGUGGAUCGGACUCAGUCGGACAGACGUGAACGCUCCCUGGAUCUGGUCCGAUCAGAGCCCAUCCACGUUCAUGCCGUGGGCUCCCACUCAGCCGAACAACUGGGAAAGCAAUCAGUACUGCGUGAUAGUGACUCUGGGGGCGAAGCUUAACGAUCUGGACUGUAAAACAACCCUUCCUUCUGUUUGCUAUACUGAGAGACGCAAACAGACAGUAAGACUGAGGGUCAAGUCAAGUCAAAAUGUGAAUGAUCCUGCGGUGAAGACCGAGAUUCUGCUGCAGAUUGGGAAGAUACUGAAGGAGAAGGGGCUGGCAAAAGAUGCUAAACUUUCAUGGAAAAUUCAGCCAGAUGGAAAUGUCUUCCAGAAGAAUGAUGCUACUUAACAGACUUGCUCUUAAAAAAAUGGACAAAAAAAAUUAGUUUUAUUGAUCCACUAAUAAAUAAUAUAGUAAGAACUGCAUCUUUGAUUUGACACAUCAUUACCCAUUUUAGCUGAUCACGUGUUUAAAAUGUGAUGUGUAUUUAUUUACAUAAUAUCAACGAGUCACUAUAAUGUAAUCUUAAUCUUUCAUUUGAAUUAAGGGAUACUUAUAACUUCAUAAUUGUCUUGUUUAAAUGCUUAAAUCCAGAAAUUGUGACAUUAAUGUGGGUGAAACAAAUCCUAGUUAUUUUAAUUGCUUAUUCAUUUCUAUGGGGAAAAUAACAAGGAGUUUCCAUUUUAUGAGGAACAUUUUUUUAGAGCUAAAUACUAUUUUAGAGAGUUUUUUUUUUAUUCAAAUGUUCAAUAUAGGAUAUAUGUGCUGUUAAAUUGUACAGCAUUUAACCUGAAAUGAACUCAAAUGUAUCGUCCAUGUUAGAGCGCUGGCAGCCGGUCAGGUUGCACUCGUUUUAUUUAAUACAGCCAGUGACACUGAAUUUGCAUCUGCUUCAUUGUUGUCACUGAAAAAUGUUUUAGUUGAACAACCAAUCUCAGGUAAAGCACAGAUAUGCGGGUUUCUUUACACAGUUUAUGCAUCAAAGUUGUUGUAAUGAGAACAAAAUGUAUGCUGCGUAUACAAUAUGUUGUAAAUGUUCGACAUGU